AUUUUAUAAAUUUAGGGUUUCCUAUAAUAUUCCACUUCUCUCUUGCCGUCUCUUCCCAAAUACUCAAUCCCCGUUUCUCUCCCUCAUCUCUCUCUCCUAGAGAUACAAAUCAAUACACAAUAGCAAAGAGGGUAAACCUUCCUCAAAUCUGGUCUAAAUUUGUUAUUGAUCUCUUCUAUUCAAAUAGUAGUACUUAGGUUGAGCUUUUAGUCAUUUGAUUCUCAUGGGAAGAGAGAUCAAAAUCAAGUCAUGGUGUUGAUUGUAAAUCAGGGUUAAUUGACAUAGAAGAAUGGUGAGGGGAAAGACGGAGAUGAAGAGGAUAGAGAACGCGACGAGCAGGCAAGUGACUUUCUCAAAGAGAAGAAAUGGACUUUUGAAGAAAGCCUUUGAAUUAUCAGUCCUUUGUGAUGCCGAAGUUGCCCUAGUUAUCUUCUCUCCUAGAGGCAAACUCUAUGAGUUUUCUAGCUCCUCCAGUAUAACAAAAACAGUAGAACGAUAUCAGAAACGAAUACAUGAUCUUGGCUCUAGCCAUAAAAGGGAGGAUAACACGCAGCAAGCAAAAGGCGAAACCUAUGGCUUAGCGAGAAAGAUCGAACAACUUGAGAUUUCAAAACGCAAAUUUCUAGGAGAAGGACUCGACGCAUCUUCUAUUGAGGAGUUACAACAAUUGGAAAACCAGCUGGAGCGAAGCUUAACCAAAAUAAGAGCGAAAAAGUACCAAUUACUGCGUGAAGAACUGGACAAGUUAAAAGAAAAGGAGAGAAACCUCACUGCAGAAAACAAAAUGCUGCUGGAGAAGUAUGAGAUGGGAAGAGGAGGAAUAAUACCAAAAACAACAUCAGAAGACUUGGACACAGAGGAGAGUGAAAUGGAAGUGGUGACUGAUUUGUUGAUUGGACCUCCUCCGAUCCGACACUACAAAAAGUUUCAUCCUCCAAAUUAAUACAUGUUUAAUUAUACAUUCAUCUCAAAAAAAAAAUGAUCACACAACUUUACACAUGAUGUCUUCUCCUCUCUAGAAGGAAAAUGAGGUUGAUUAAUGUAAUAGUUUUUUUUUUCUUUUGUAUCCAAUAACAUCUUUGAAAAUCCAAACAACUUCUGAAUA